UUUCACGGCUGCAUUCGGCGCCGCUUCCGACGACAUGGCCCGCAAUGAGAACCCAUUUGACAUGCAGAUCAAACUUCUCAUGAUUGGGGACAGCGGCGUGGGGAAGACGUGUUUGUUGUUGCGAUACGCAAACGACUCGUUCUCGCCGACGUUUAUCACGACGAUUGGAAUUGACUUUAAGGUCAAGAACAUUGACUUGGACGGCAAGAAGAUCAAACUCCAGAUUUGGGACACGGCGGGACAAGAACGCUUUCGGACCAUUACGACGUCCUACUUUCGCGGCGCGCAGGGCAUCUUGCUUGUCUACGACGUGACGGACCGUGCUUCAUUCAACAGCAUCCGCAACUGGGUUGGUCAGAUCCAACAACAUGCCGACGUCCAUGUGAACAAGAUUUUGGUCGGGAAUAAGUGCGACAUGCUGGACGACAAGGUCGUAAGCACAGAAGAAGGCCAAGCGUUGGCGGACGAGUACGGCGUUAAGUUUUUCGAGACGAGUGCAAAAAACAACAUCAACGUUGAGGGUGGGUUUAUCGAGAUUGCGAACGAAGUGAAGACGCGGUUGAUGGAAGAAGGCGGCCCCCACAAAAAGAGCGACCUGGUUGUCAACUUGGGCAAAAAGGGCAACGACCCGACGAAAGCUAGCAACGGUGGCAAAGGCGGAUGUUGCUAAACGAGCGCGCGUUUAUAUCUAUUAGGCAUCACCACCAUCCUUCCUUCAUCUUCUUCUCGUGUCAUGCAUUCGAUAUGUUUUGACAUGGAAAGUCUCGACAAGAUUGUC